AUGUUACGGUAUAUUCUACUGGUCUUGUUGAUUGUUAUCUGUUCCAUAGCAGUAUUAAUAAAAAGUAAAACAUGCGUCAAUGGUGAUCAGGAAGGAGAGCGGUGUUUCUGCCAUGAUGGCUGGACUGGUGCCAUGUGUCAUAGAAAAAUGAACUGUGAUGGCUACGAACGGCACACGAACGGAUCAUGCGUCAUGUGUGUAAAUGGAUGGACGGGACCGGACUGCGACGCCAUUGACUGCAGUGAGCACGGAUCGCCUAAUUAUGAUCUUACAAGUUGCCACUGCGAGAAACCUUAUUCAGGUAUUUUCUUGCAUAAAUUAGGCCACUUAAAAAUUUUCGUAUGUUUGACCAAGUUUGCUCAAAUUUCUUUAGAAGUGUAA